AUGGAAUUUAUUUUCUUAAAGUGCGACCGGUAAUUGGUGAGAAGACUACCACGCGCUCAUUCACUGCGCGUGGGCAUAACAGUUUCACUUUUCUUUAAGCAAACUUGUUCAUUAGCAGAUAUGUAUGACUUCCAUACACACACAAUCACCGAGCAUCCAUUCAUUUCCUUUCCAGAGAGAGAAAGUAGAGAGAGAAUUAAACUUUUUCUGUCUGUCAUCUCUGCAACUUUCCAACAUUUCUCUCACCUUUCCUCUGUUCUUCACCUCUUCAAGCAUCUGCUAUGUGUUCGAUUAAAUGCCCCAAAGAAUCUUUACCUAUUUGUUGAAUUGGAUAUGCAGAGGUUAAAUUAUUGGAAGAAAUAGCACUUUUUGGAUCAAUGGGUGUCAAGAGAUCUAUAAUUUACUUGUUGCUGUUCUUAGGGUUUGUAUUGAUCUUCGUGGGCCCAAUUUCUCUUGCUACCAAUCCUGCAGAUGUCAGUGCGAUAAAUAAACUGUAUGUUGCAUUGGGAUCUCCACCACUCCCUGGAUGGACAGCUAGUGCUGGAGACCCGUGUAUCGAGGGUUGGCAGGGUGUUGCAUGUGACCCUACUAAUACAAACAUCUUAUCAAUAACUGUUAUUGGUGCAAAUAUAGUAGGAGAACUUGGUGAGAGCCUAGGAUCUUUUACUUCACUUCAAAGCAUAAAUUUGAGCAAUAAUCAUAUUGGGGGUACCAUUCCAACUGAAUUUCCUGUUACUAUCAUGAAUAUUUUUCUUGCAGAUAACAACUUCACGGGAAGCAUACCGGUUUUUCUAACCUCUCUAACACAAUUAACAGCUUUGUCUCUAAAUGAUAACAAUUUAUCAGGAGAAAUACCGGAUUCCUUUGAAGGCCUUACUGGUUUGGUUAAUCUUGAUUUGUCUAGUAAUGAUUUGAGUGGAGAAUUACCUUCUUCUUUACAACAUUUAUCUUUUCUAACUACUUUUCAUUUGCAGAACAAUCAACUCUCUGGGACUCUAGAUGUUCUACAAGAUCUUCCAUUGACUGAUCUGAAUGUAGAGAAUAACAUGUUCAAUGGACCUAUACCUGAAAAGUUACUAGCCAUUCCUAUUUUCAGAAAAGAUGGGAACUUAUUCAAUACCACAAGUGCAGCUCCACUAUCUCCACCUACAUCCCCGACCCCACUGACGCCCCCAGGCACCACCGGAACACCUUUUUUCCCAUCACCUCGACAGACACCCGGGAAACAAUCGCCACCUGGCAAACAAACACCAUCACAACAAGCGGAUGGUCCAUCGUCAAAUCAAGGGUCCAAAUCUAGCUCCACAAAUAAGUCAUGGAGUGCUAAAAAGAAAGUUUGGGUGUCAAUUGCAUCGAUAUUUGGUUUCAUAGUUUUGGGAUUAAUCUGUCUGCUAUUUAUACCACCCUGCUUUAGAAGAAGACGACUUCCCGGUUUGACAAACAAGCGACAUGAGAUCGCUCCUUAUAAUCGUGAGAGUCAUAUGGAGAGUGGGUCCUUGGCUCAACCACCCAAUCAAGUUGAUAAAGCACCCCCAAAGAAGGCGGCAGUUCCACCACCAAAGGAGGAGCAACAACAACUGCUUUCACCACCACCACCACCACCACCACCACGAAGAACAGUUCCAAUGCAAAGAUUCACCGCCUUACCAAAGCAAGACAGUCAAGAGAUAGAUUUCACCAGAUUUGAUAUAGACUCCAUGCGACCACCACCACCACCACCACCUCCACCACCACCACCACCGCCAGUUUCAUCAUCAGAACCAAUUCAUCUACCUUUCGAGAAGGUUAUUGUGGAGCCUAUAGCGGUGGCUGCCGCCACAUCAGCAAGAACUUCCACCAAACCUGUUGUGCCUCAAACAUAUGUGAGGUCUUAUACGAUUGCAUCUCUUCAGCAAUACACAAACAGUUUUUCUCAGGAUAAUCUUAUUGGUGGAGGAAUGUUGGGGAGUGUUUAUAGGGCACAGCUUCCUGAUGGAAAGUUUCUUGCUGUGAAGAAAUUGGACAAAAAGGUUAUCAAUCAGCAAAAAGAGGAGGAUUUCAUUGAGCUUGUUAAUACUCUUGACAAAAUUCGUCAUGCAAAUGUUGUUGAACUGAUGGGGUAUUGUUCAGAACAUGGUCAAAGGCUAUUAAUUUAUGAAUAUUGUAGUAGUGGGACCCUUCAAGAUGCUCUACACUCUGAUGAUGAUUACAAAAGAAAAUUUUCAUGGAAAACACGCAUUCGAAUGGCACUUGGAGCUGCAAGAGCCUUAGAGUAUCUACAUGAGUUCUGUGAUCCACCUGUUAUUCAUAGAAACUUCAAGUCAGCCAAUGUUCUUCUAGAUGAUGAUCUUUCUGUACGUGUCUCUGAUUGUGGUUUGGCUCCUUUAAUAACCCCAGGCUCAGUUAAUCAGUUGUCAGGAAACAUUCAAUCAGCCUUCAGUUAUGGUGCCCCUGAAUUCGAGUCAGGAAUCUAUACAUCUAUGAGUGAUGUGUACAGUUUUGGGGUGGUGAUGUUAGAACUUUUAACAGGCAGAAAAUCUUACGAUAGUGCGCGACAUCGUGGGGAGCAGUUGUUGGUGAGAUGGGCAGUAGGUCAACUGCAUGAUAUUGAUGCAUUGUCAAGAAUGGUUGACCCUUCUCUCAAUGGUCAAUAUCCACCAAAAUCAUUAUCACAUUUUGCAGAUAUUAUAUCGCGUUGUGUUCAGGCGGAGCCGGAGUUUAGGCCACCGAUGUCGGAAGUGGUGCAGGAUCUGAUAAAUAUGAUCAGGAGAGAGUCUUCUAAUAGAUCAGAUGGGGAUUGAUUCAUAAUAUAAUAAUAAUAUUAGGAAUAGCUUGUGAUGAGAAGUCAAAGAUGGUCAAAGUCAAAGUCAAGGUCAAGGUCAAGGUCAAGGUCAAAGUCAAUGUGCCAAGAUUAUAAUUCUUGUGAAAUUUUGAAUGCACAUGGCUAGGCUAACACAGUCUAUUCUUGUACAAAAGGGGAAUAUGAAAUAUGUCUAUAGGACAAAGCCAAAUUUGAUGGUUAUUUUGUUUCAAGAUUGAACAACCAUUUUGGCA